CUGGUAUGGGGUAAUAUCGUAGGUAGAGGACGUGCAUUUAAAUCCAUGUACAUGCCUCUCACUCGUACCCGCUCUGGACACGGUGGGAGAAAUCAGGUACUUAAGAAAAAAAAAAUCGCCGAAGAGGAAAAAUAAGGCUGCCAUCUCUUGAUCUAUCCAGAAACCUCAAUCGGUGUUGUGCUCUUCAAAGCCACUUAAACCAUCUCUCGUCUCAACCAACUACCAGUCAAAAUGAGUCUCAUCGCGGGCCUGGAUCUCACCAAGAACUAUUCGUUCUUCACUGUUCCUGCAGCAUUUCUGCUAUGCAUGCUUCCCGGAGCCUUUGCCAAUGCCAUAGCUGGCAAAUCGUUUGACCCUGCCAAUCCGCGACAGACGAGGGCAACUGUCCUUGCUGAUGAGAAGCUCGACAAAAUCCAACAACAGCGCUUCAUAAGAGCCCAGGGCGCUCAGGAGAACGGUUUUGAGACGGUGGGCUUGUACGCCUCCGGCGUGCUGGCGGCCAACUACGCGGGCGUUAACGUGCGGAUGCUCAACUUGCUGACUAUUGGUUAUCUCAUCUCCCGAGUUGCGUACAUCUUUGCCUACGUCGUCUUGUGCCAGAACCGAAAGCUGGCUCCUGUGAGGUCGAUCUGCUGGGCGGCAGGAUCGGCCAUCUUGGUGUCUUUGUGGGUUAUGGCUGGGCAGAAUGUGAAUCUGAAGCUUUGAGCUGCUUCUUUUUCGGGGGUUUGUUUCCUGGAGUUUCUAAGAUGAUGUCAAUAAAGAAUGGAUCUUUGCUUUGCUUCGACGGCUGGGUGACAGUUGCCUUGAAAAGGCCGUUUCCAUUGCGAGAAAGCCUGAUUUCGUAAAUGUGAG